UUCUCCGGAAAACUUUAAUCCUCGAAAAACUGGAAAACUCGAACUUUGAACUCUGAAUUCAAAACUCCAAACUCCGCGCUUCGUUCGUUCGCUGAUGUUGUUGUGGUAAAACCGUAAAAACUGUAAUUAGUGUGCUCUUGUGGAUUCGUGAAAUUUAAUUAGCCAGCGAAUAUGGUGAGCCCUGCGAAAUGAAUAAAUAAAUAAACCCAGCGAUGAAUGCCGGAGCCGUGUAAGUGCCCCUGCUGCUCUGGAGAGGUCCGGAACCUAGUGGAAUCAAAGCCGGAACGUGACUUUUGCCGAAAGUAAAUUGAGCCACCGCAGCGAUAAAAGUUGCCAUGCCAACGGGCUAGUGGCGCUAGGACACGCGUACAGAUAAAGGAUCUCCAUGGCCAGGCGCAAUCCAGGUGCACCCGUGAUGGGCACCGAUGACAUCUAUUCGCGGGUGCCAUUCCGUCGUCGUCGUCCCCACACCACAGCCAAUGCCAUGCUGCCCCACAUCCCACUGCACCUGCUCCUGCUCCUGAUCCUGCAGCUGCUGACAGUAACUACAGCGGGUCCGGUGAAUCCCUGUGCCCACAAGGGUAUGGCAGAGCUGAUUCGCACCAGUCCCGUGAUUGUCAAGGCCCUCGCCGCCCGGGUCUUUUUCGACGAGCUGGAGGGACAGCCGGCGGCAGAGGACACGAUUUUAAUAACAUUAACGCCGGAAACGAUAUACAAGGGCGCCUCUCUGCUGAAGGUGGCCAAUGGCGGUGCCAGGGAUGCCCUCUCCCUGAGAGCCUCUGGUCUGAUGUCCGGCAGCCCAGGGCAUCGGGCCCGAGGCUCCGGCACGGGCUCCGGCGGCAGCGGAAGUUCCUGGAGCGGGGCUGAGUCAGCCUUCCAGUACGAGGGGCAGCUCAAUGCAACCCUCCAGCCACAGCGAUGCUUCGAUAAUAACAUGCUGAAAAUGCUGCCGGCGGAAUUAAUUGCCUUUGGCAAACUGCUGCCCGCAGCAUCAGCAGCAUCCUCCUCAUCCUCCUCUGGCGACGGUGGGGAGGGUGGAGGUGUAGCUGGUAUCCUGGCAACCAGGCAGCUGCAGCGACCGCCGGUGGGCACAGCCAAUGACGUGCUGCACAUCAGCAUCAACGGCCUGCACCGCUGGACGCCACAGUUUGAGAAUCAUAUCUGGAAGCAUUUGGGCUGGGAUGAUUGGAGCGACUUCACCUUGUGCAGCGUCACCUGCGGUCAGGGUGUGCAACAGCGCUUCCGUCGCUGUCUGCUGGACAAUCCACUGGUGGACAUCAACAUGAAUCUCAACCUGGAGGACGAUGACGAUGAGGAUGAUGAUGAAGAGCAGGGGGCGGACGAAGCUGACGAACUGACCGCGUCCAAGGAGGCGUGUAACGAUGAUGAUGCUUUCGGAGAUGGCAACAACGAUAUUCUGGCCGAUGAUGAGGAUGAGAACGACCUGCUCAUAAUGCGUGCAACUGGCGACGAGACAUUGCAUAAAUUCGACCGAGCAACAACGACAGCAAUGCCACCGACCAGAGUCCAAGCUCAUCCCAGUUCCGGUCCCGAGGGAGAAACAAGCGGCGGUAAUGAACCACCUGCAGCAGGUGCCGACGAAAGUGUCAGGUUUGUGACGAUUGCACACAAUGACCGAGAUGCAGGAGCCAGGACAGAGGCAGGAACUCAAAGUGGUGUUGGAGUUGGGAGCAGGAAGGCACGUGCCAGUAAUCAGCACAAGAAACGUAAGCCAACCAAGAGCGUAGCCCUCUCCACGCUCCUCUGCGAAGGCUACAACAUCGAGCAACGCAACUGCAACAGUUUCGAGUGCAGCGAUGAUAUCAGCGAUCUUCUUAAAUUCUACAAGAAGCUUCCCAUGGCUGAGGAUUUGGCUACUCAAUCCUCUGAUGCCUCAGUCGCCUCCGGCUAUCCAGAUCCGUAUCCAAAUGCGGACUUCACCACAACGGGACUAAUGGGCACAGCCUUCAGUCCAACACCCUCGACGCCCUUUAAUAUGGGCUACAUCCGGAGCUGGAGGAACCUGCUGAACUUCACCCUGAUGGUUACGCUGCGGGCUAAGAACGACACCCGGAGCACGGCCUCCAUCUUCUCCAUCCGGAACGCCACCCACAAUCUGUAUCUGGAGGCCUGCCAGGAUGGACUGCGUCUGUACCUUGAGCGGGACAAUGCCACGGAAAUGUUGCCAGUGAAAUUCAAUUUAUUCGAUUAUCGCUGGCAUCAAGUGGCCAUCAGCAUACAGAAUGGCGAUUUCAUAUCGAUUUACGUCGAUUGCGCGUGGACAAACAGCUUCGUUGUCUCCAAGCGACUGUUCACGUUGCCCGUGGACGCGGAUGUGGAAAUUGGACGCGGCUUUAAUGGGGAGCUGCAGCAACUACUCGUCCUUCCAGAGCAUCAGGAGCGCCUGCAGUGCAGCACCAAGCGCACCUCCAUUAACGAAGUGAAACGCUAUAUUAUAGACACAUUCAUCGAGGACUACGGCGGCAACUGAGUCGGAGGAUACGAGGGAACUGGUGGCAACUGAUCCCCAUUGUGGCCAAAAGCCAGACCGCACAACCAACGCCAAUCGAGCGAGAGGGCCACUGAAUAUGCAUGGAUAUUUGCGUAUUUUAUAUUGCGGCAAUCCACACACAAAUCCGAUUACAAAUUCGCCCAAAUCAAAACUGCAUAGAUUUAUGAUUAUUAUUCAUUUCAUUUGCAUAUACAGCAUACAUAGGGCCCACAGAAAAAGUAUGUGCAACUCGAUAUAUACUAAAAUUACGCAUACGCCAUGUGAUUUAUGCGCUAGCAGCCUCCCUGUGCCCGGAAGGCUCUACUCGAUUAAGGACACAUUAUUGGUGUUAUAUUUCGCAUGGAGAAUAAUGGCAUGGGAAUAAUGUGCUCGAUAUUUGUAAUAAUUAAGCUAAUUUGACGUAAUACAAUAAUUGUAAACGCAGAAAUAAAUACAAUUUGCAUGUGAAUGCAAAUGCAAACG